AACUAACGCCACGGUACAGAAAGAAGUCCGGAUCUACUACACUUCUUUUAGGCUAGCUUCUUACAGCGGGCACGGAACUUCAAUACCAUCAUCGUCAUUCGUCGUCAACGACUUAAACACGUUAAAAGCCAGUCUAACCAACUCGACCCAUCUCGUUUAGCUUGUAGAGAGAGAGAGAGAGAGAUCAGAGAUGGGCAGUGGCGCAAAGGGAAGGACGGUAAUGGAGGUUGGAACUGACGGGGUGGCCCUGAUCACCAUUAUCAACCCACCUGUCAAUUCCCUCUCCACGGAUGUACUGUUCAGUCUGAAAGAGCACUAUGAUCAAGCACUGCAAAGGGAUGAUGUUAAAGCAAUUAUUAUUACAGGUUCAAAAGGCAAAUUUUCUGGAGGCUUUGAUAUCUCAGCUUUUGUUUCACAUCAGGCUGGCAAGAUUAAGGAGUCAACACCCGGUCUUGUAUCAAUAGAAUUUAUUUCUGACAUUUUAGAAGGAGCAAAAAAACCUUCUGUAGCUGCUAUUGAUGGUCUUGCCUUGGGUGGUGGACUAGAGGUUGCAAUGGCCUGCCAUGCCCGCAUCUCUACUGCCACUGCACAGCUAGGCUUGCCUGAACUUCAGCUUGGAAUCAUUCCUGGUUUUGGAGGAACACAGCGGCUUCCACGCCUUGUGGGCCUUUCCAAGGCACUUGAAAUGAUGCUGAUGUCAAAAUCAGUUAAAGGGGAGGAAGCCUAUUCCUUGGGUCUAGUGGAUGCCAUAGCUCCACCUGAUGAAUUGAUAGAUACCGCUCGCCAGUGGGCCCUAGAUAUUUUUGAGUGUAGAAGACCAUGGGUUUUAAGUCUUUACAGGACUAACAAGCUAGAGCCUCUUGGGGUGGCCAAGGAAAUACUCAAGUUUGCAAGAGCCCAAGUCCGAAAACAAGCUCCUAAUCUCAAGCACCCAUUAGUUUGCAUUGAUGUUAUAGAAGAGGGUAUAGUUUCUGGAUCCCGUGCUGGUCUUUUGAAGGAGGCAGAGGCUUCUCAGGGACUUAUUCGAUCCGACACUGCCAAGAGUUUGGUCCAUGUAUUCUUUGCUCAGCGUGGAACAACAAAGGUUCCUGGAAUCACUGAUCUGGGUUUGGUACCAAGGAGAAUAAAGAAAGUUGCAAUUCUUGGAGGAGGAUUAAUGGGUUCAGGAAUUGCAACUGCAUUGAUUCUUAGCAAUUAUCCUGUGAUCCUGAAAGAAGUAAAUGAGAAAUUUCUACAGGCUGGGAUUGAUAGAAUAAAAGCCAAUUUGCGAAGUCGUGUAAAGAAAGGGAAAAUGACUGAAGAGAAGCUGGAAAAAACACUCUCUCUUAUCAAGGGUGUUCUUGACUAUGAAAGCUUUAAAGAUGUGGACAUGGUUAUAGAGGCUGUUAUUGAGAAUGUCUCUUUAAAGCAGCAAAUUUUUGCUGACCUGGAAACAUAUUGUCCACCCCAUUGCAUACUUGCCAGUAACACAUCCACAAUUGACUUGAACUUGAUUGGUGAGAGGAUUAAGUCUCAGGAUCGGAUUGUUGGAGCACAUUUCUUCAGUCCGGCUCAUGUCAUGCCACUACUGGAAAUAGUUUGUACCCAGAAGACGUCUCCUCAAGUAAUUGUUGACUUACUAGAUGUUGGGAAGAAGAUCAAGAAAACCCCAGUUGUGGUUGGGAAUUGCACCGGCUUUGCUGUCAACAGGAUGUUCUUCCCUUACUCACAAGCAGCUAUCUUACUUGUUGAACAUGGUUCAGAUGUCUAUCAGAUUGAUCGAGCCAUAACUAAAUUUGGAAUGCCAAUGGGACCUUUCAGAAUGGUUGAUCUGGUUGGUUUUGGAGUUGCAAUUGCAACUGGUAUGCAGUUUAUUGGGAGCUUUCCUGAGAGAUCGUAUAAGUCAAUGCUAAUCCCUAUAAUGCAAGAGGAUAAGAGAGCAGGUGAAGCCACUCGGAAGGGUUUCUAUGUCUAUGACAACAAGCGCAGGGCUAGCCCGGACCCUGAAAUAGGAAAAUAUGUAGAGAAGGCAAGGCACAUCUCUGGUGUGAAAGUUGACUCUAAGUUUAUGAAGUUACCGGAUAAGGACAUUGUAGAGAUGAUUUUCUUCCCUGUUGUGAAUGAGGCCUGUCGUGUCCUUGCUGAAGGAAUUGCAGUCAAGGCAUCAGACCUUGACAUUGCUUCUGUUAUGGGUAUGGGAUUCCCACCAUACAGGGGAGGGAUAAUUUUCUGGGCUGAUUCUCUUGGAUCCAAAUACAUUUGCUCAAGAUUGGAGGAAUGGUCAAAGAUGUAUGGAGAAUUCUUCAAGCCUUGUUCCUAUUUGGCAGAGAGGGCUGCUAAAGGAACUCCGUUGAGCGCUCCGGAAAAUCGGGCCUUGUCUAGGCUAUAAUAAUAACCAAGGCAUGGUGUAUCACCUGAUACAGUGUUAACAAGCUUGCUGGCUUAAGAAAGGGGAGCUGGACAAAGUGCUAAAUGGCUAAUGAGGUGGAGUAUCAAGAUUGAUAGGAAUAUAAGCAUGGUAUUAUCUUCUCCAGUCAAGGGCUGCAUUUCAAAGGCUAUUAUGUAUAUUGAUUAUCUGCCCCUAUUUGUUUUUCCAAUAAUGUUGUUUAUUACUUUGAUAUGGAGGAUCAAUAUGUAGAGAAAGGAUAACAGUAGAAUUACAGUUGAUAUUAGUCCUAAAUUACAACUUGUAAUGGCUUGUGAUGGUGCAUGUAGUUCCAGACUGCUUUUCAAAA